CGUGUCUGCUGUGGAAGAAGAAGAAGAAGAAGGAGUUGAUGAAGAAGAAGAAGAAGGCUGUAGUGAGAGUGAAAGCAGCUGCUGCUCUCCACUGUGAACGAUGACACAUUCACGGACUUAAGCCGAGCCUCGGUCGCCUUCCAGCAGCUGGACGGGGCCUCCUCUCUCUUCACCCGCUGAAUGUUAGCCGACCUGCGGGUGUCGCUGGCGGGGGAGAGGCGGGCGGACAGACGGACGGACGGAGGAGGCCGGGUUCGCAGACAUGGAGUCUCGCAGAUAUCGCCGUUGCUGCAGUUGCUGCUGGACGGGCUGAUUUCUUCUGGGUGGCGGACCACUAAAAACAGACCCUGCCCACAUCACGGGGGAUAUUAUGUCACCUCAGUACAUGCCAAGAAAAAGAAAGUCUGUUCAGUCGCACCUUAAAAGUGGAUUAACAUGUCCAGUAGUUCAGCGAAUGCCGGAAGGAGGCAGUGGAUCAAACACAGCCGGAUUCACUCAGAAUGAUGAGUCUCAAGACCGAGAUGCUCUAAAGAUGAAAAGAACGUACAGUCGAAAAAGGUAUGAGGACCUCCAGAGUGUUUCCAUGGGAACGGUUGAAUACCCGACCACCAGCUGCUCAUUAGCUGAUGCGGCCAAUGGAGUGAACCCAGGCUCCAUGGCUCCACCCACAGCGAGGCUCCCUCCCAGGCUGCUGGCGAAGGACUUGUGGCCUCGCUGUUCCGAGCCCGGCAGAGAGCAGGACCAGAGCUGGAGGGACAGAGGCCCCGGUGUCUGGGCCCCGGGUAGAGACCGAGGCCAGGAUCAGGUCUGGAGCCCGGGCAGGGACCCACUAGGACAUUCCUGUCAAAAUCAAACAUGGACCGCGGGCAGGGACAGGGGUCACGCUGGACAGGACCAGGCCUGGAUGACGGGCCGGGACCAAGGUCCUGAGCAGGGCUGGGGUGCCGGCAGGGACCGAGGCCAGGAUCAGGUCUGGAACACAGGCUCCAGGACUCCAGGAAGAGACCAGGUUGUGUCAGGACCGGAGCAAGUGUGGGGAUCUGGACAAAACCAAGACCAAGUUUGGAGCAGCACAAGCCGGGACAGAGGACACGCAUCGAGACCUGGUUCAGGUGGAGCCAUUGUCGGUGAAGCAUCCACAGUGCCACCUAGUGAGGAUCAGAAACCUCCACUAUUUACCCCAAAGAAGGAGCCUCCCACGUAUCCUCCAGGAAGUCCAGAGGAGCGCUGGCAGGUCCUGAUCAUGGCCAAAGGCAGAGUCACGUGUCCCAAAUGCAAGAGCGUGAGCAGGAAGACAGUGGACGGACUGAAAAAACACAUGGAGAACUGUCGACUGCAGCCCUUCACCUGUCAACACUGUGGGAAACAGCUCAAGUCUUCAACAGGGAUGAAGUAUCACAUCAUGGCCGACCACAGUCACCUGCCGUCAGUGGACGACGUCAAAGACCUGGACGACCGCGUCAUCAAAGACAAACUGCGUAAAAUCCUGAAGAGACUGGGAAAAUUAAAAUGCUCUAAAGAGGGCUGCACCGCUGCGUUCACCAGUAUCAUGGGCUACGUUUACCACAUGAAGAAGUGUGGGAAGGAGGAGUCAGAGCUGGAGAAGCUGCUGCUGAACUGCUGCCACUGUGGGAAGACGUACAGAUCCAGAGCAGGUCUGGAAUAUCACCUGAAAUCAGAGCACGCGCCCGCGCCAAUAAAGAGCGAGGAAGACGAGUCUCUGGAGGCUGAGAGGGAGGCUAACCCGGAGCGUACGGCGAGCGGCCGGGUGCAGCGAGCAUCCGCGCAGGUGGCCAACUUCCACCUGGCGGAGAUCGCCAACAACGACUUACCUAAAGACUGGCCCAAGAGGAAGUUUCAGUCGGACCUGGUGCCCGACGUCCAAAAGUUGAAAUACGCACGGCCCGGUCUUCCUGCCUUCAGUCAGGAGGUGCUGAGGAAGUGGAAGAACGAGGUGAAGCUGCAGAGGAAAGUCCACUGUCCCAACCAGGGUUGUGGCAGCACGUACACCAGUGUGUCUGGACUGAAGGCUCAUCUGGGACUCUGUACACGGGGUGAUUUUGAAGCGGGAAAAUACAGAUGUCUCAUCUGCAAUAAAGAGUUUAACUCAGAGAGUGGAGUGAAGUAUCACAUCAACUCCGUCCAUUCACAGGACUGGUUUGUGACGAACAAAAAGGCCUACAAGAAGUUUGAGAAGUUCCUCAAAAACCAGCCAAAGGAGUUUGUCCAUAACGUGGACAAGCAGGUCGUGGAUCAGUAUCACCAUCAUCACCACCACCACCAUCUCCAGCAGCAGCAGCAGCAAGACCUCCAUCAUCACCACCAUCACCACCAUCAUCAUCUGCUCCAGUACCAGCCCAUUCAACAUCCUCUGCAGCCUCUGCAUCACCUACAGCACCAGACCCAACACCAGUUUCUCCACCAGGAUCACCAGAACCUCCCUCCUCCUCCACAGCAGGACACGGAGCUCCACUUCACCCCACUGGAGCCUCCUCCGGGACCACUGUGGGUGGACAUGGACCGUAGGGGAGCCCAGCUGGAGAUGGAAAUGGCCGAUGUAGACAAAGCUGGAGUGGACGGCAGCGACACGAGGAACGAGGAGAAGUUGAAGGCUGAUGUGAAGAGGAAGGAGUGCUUUGUUUUCGCUGGCAGCAGUAGUCAUAAUAACAGCAGCGGCUUGUUCAGUGAAUCGGAGGUGGAGCAGCAGGACAGACAGAGACAGAUUGACCAGUGGAACCUGAAACGACCGGGCACCAUGGAGCACCACCCUGUGGACGGGAAGGGGCAACGCAGCACUUAGAAAAGAGGACGAGAUGCCUUCAGAAAGUGUUGCUGAAGGUCCACGUGAAAUUUAAACGUCCUUCCACUGGAUUUACAGGUAAGAGACCGCACUGAAGUUUUGGUCUUGUGACGUUUCGGCAGCUGAGGGAAGUUUUUAAUCACAGUUUGGUUGGAAAAUCGUUUGUUUUUUUGUUCAUUUCAAACCAAUUGUCACUGACAAUGAUGCAGGUGAGGUUUGAUGAAGGAAAAUGAAAAUGCUUCUAACUCGAAGGGGGAGUGGAUUUCUUUCCCCUUCUGUUCAGUCUUCAUAGAACAAUAGUCGACCAAUAGCAUGUAGCUAUAAUGUUUACUUACUCUACUAUAGUGGCGUGUCGUCAAAAUGGAUGGUUGUCACUGUUGUUUGUAGAUGAUGAUGUUAUUUUUUACUAACUUUUUUAUUCUAUUAAUGAAUUAAUGAAUGUAUUUUUUCUGUUUGCACCAGUUUAAACCAGUUUUCCUCAAAAAAAAGACAAACUGACCCUUUAAUCUGUGAAUCUGUAACACACUGUGUUUAAAAAAGUAAAGAAGAAACGAUUCCCUGUUUAUGGUUUUGUUAAAAGUGCUUUAUUCACUACAGGGCUGCAAAUAACCAUUAUUUUAAUCUGUUUUUCUAAAUAACUGAUGAGUUGUUUGGUCCAGAAAAAAAUGUCAGAAAACCUGGAAAUGAUGACGUUCUGAAAAUAAAAUUAAUAAUUCUUUAAUGAUUUCUUCAUUUCAUGGAGCAAAGAAACCAGAAAAUAUUCACUUUUGAGAAGCAGAAACAUCACAGAAGUUGUUGUAAUUAUAUUAAAAAUAAAUAUAUAUAUAUACUCAAACUGAUUAAUUGAUUAAUCAAUGAUCAAAACAGUUUAAUUUAGUGAUUUAGUUUGUUUGUUGCAGUCUUAAUCAAGUAUUUUAUAAAGAGAGAAAACCUGUGAGUUUAUGGGAAGUAUUUCAAAAAAAGCACCUUUUUUCCUUUUUUUUAAGUCUUCAAUUAUAUAAACUUUAUUAUUAUAAGUUUAUGGCAUUUAAUACUUUAAAAUCAAGCAAUAUAUAUCGACUAAACCAUUAUAACCACAAAUGUAGGGAAAAAGUCUAUAAAUAAAUGAGUUCUUUAAAGAGCGUUUUUUUUUUCCCUGACCGCUAACGAGAAUCACUGUGUUUUUGUUUUUCUAACGUUGUUGUUGUUGAAAUACUUCUCAUGAACAAAAAAUGCUUUGGACCAAAUCUUUAUCAUCGCGUAUGCACUUUUGAAAUGUUUGAUCGUAGAAAAUCAUCAUAAUUUAUCUUCCCUGAGUUUGUUUUGAGUUUAUUUUAUGUCGGGACGCACGGUAUUGGACUUUGGACAAUGCAACGAAUAUAACAAUGAGUUUGUUGCUUUAAAAUCCACAUUUUAAAGUUCUUUGAAUUUACUGUUACUGUUACAUAAUAUUAAAAAGAUACAAAACAAAUCAAUGACUACAGUGAUUAAAACCACACUUUUCUACUCCAAUGAUGACCUAAAGUGGAAUAAUGAAUGUUUUUUCUUAUGUAUUUGUGCCUCAUCAAAUAUCAUUAUUAUCCAUAUAGUAUAUAAUCUAUUGGUCAGAUUUAGAUGAACUCUGUUUCCUUGUAGCCUUGUACCAUUUGUAAACAUAGUAGAGAAAACAUCAUUUUUUUUACUAAAGUGAAAAACAGUUGUAGUCGUGUCAUGUUUAAAGAAAAAAAAAAACAAUCUGUCAACUAAAUGUUAUUUUUUUAGAAGUUAUGUGCUGCUAUUUCAUAUGAGCAGCAGUGUUCUAACAAUAACAU